GUCCGAUAUCCCUCGGACAUGACCUCCAUCUCUCCGAGACCACCCUUAGUGAUGUUGAUGUCCGUAUGGCUGCUGACGGCCGCCCGUGCAGUUGUCUCACCUGCAGACGGAAAAAGGUCAAGUGCUCGGGAGACGCGCCGUGCACGUACUGCAGCAGACGCGACCUGGAAUGCAAGUUCCCCGAGCCGGGCAAGAAGCGGGUGUACUCCGUCACUAGAAUCCAGGAUCUCCAAGAACGGCUGGCUCGGUAUGAGAGCCAAGCAGUCGGCUUCGCAUCGGUCAAUGCAGCAAGAGAGAAUGAUACAUUCAGGAUAUCUACGGCGCGGGCAGAGUCCCCGAACCGCCCUCCGACGAGGGCGACGGUGCAGACUCCCACGGACAAUGCCACGCAGGUCAACGCUGCUUCGACGCUGCUCGGGUUGGCGCUUGACCAACUCACAUCCCCUCCGCUAACGACCACCUUCUCAAGAGGCAGCGCAAGCAAUUUGGUUGGGUCGUCGCCGGGGUCCGUCAUCCCGGCCGACUCCUCGCUGAGCUCCAGCCAUAACUUCGGCUCACGGCUCCAGAAUCUCUUGGAACAUCCACGACUAGGCCGGCGAGAUCCCAUCCAUCAACCGACCCAACCAGUCCACCCGACGACGACGGCUUAUCCGGCCGCCCCCAAGCCCCGCCUCGAUGACGCGCCCCCGCUCCCCUCCGAGGAAGAAGCCCGCAAGCUCUUCGACAGCAUGACCUUCUUCAUCGGGUACACCCAGCACCACGUGGACACGCGCGAGUUCUCGGACCGCCUGGCCUUCUUCUACGCGAACCUCGGCGACGCCGCGCAGGCGCAGACGCAGACGCAGACGCCGUGGUACCUCGAGAUGCUCCUCGUCUUCGCCAUCGGCAAGCUCUUCUCGGGCACCUUUGACGGCGACGAGAGGGGCGGACGGGGCCUACCCGGCUCGAGCCUGUUCGCGUACGUCCAGGCGAAGCUGCCGAGCCUGAGCGAGCUGUACGGGCUGGGCAGGCUGGGAAUCGAGAUGCACGCGCUGGCGGCGGUGUACCUGCAGAACGCAAACCGCAAGGAGGAGGCCUAUCUCUAUAUCAGUUCCGCGCUCCGGCUGGCAACGACGCAUGGUUAUCACCGCAAGACGGCGACGCAUCACCUGCUGCAGUCGGAAAAGGUGCACCUGAACCGGUUAUGGUGGACCGUGUACAUGCAGGAGAGGCGUCUUGCUGCCGCAACGGGCAAUCCUUCGGGCAUCUCAGACGAUGUCAUCGAGGUUGACAUGCCCACUGACUCGCCGGGCUUUCCGCCGGCCCUGCCGAUCAGGACCAACAUCAAGAUUGCAAGGGUCACUGGCAGGAUCCUGUCAACAAUCUACGGGCCGGGCACGCAUCCCGAGGAGACCUUCGUCCCGAAUGUCCAGGAGGUCGUGCAGUCGCUGUACUGGAUCGCAAAGGAGAUACCGGGGGAGCUGUCGUCGCACAUGACGGACCUGGCGUCUCUAGAGGCCGAUGUGUCGCUGAGGACAUCGGCGUACCUUCAUAUGAUGCUUUACCAAGCGAUCCUCUUGACGAUCCGGCCGGUGAUGCUCCACGUGUCGAAACUCAUAUUCGACGAGGAAAGCGGCGGCGGGGGCGAACUGAACCUGCGCGCUUCGCCGCUUGGGCGACUGGGCCGGACGUGCUCGGAGGCGGCGCGCCGGCUGCUGGAGGUCCUGAUGUCUCUGAGGAAGAGGAACAUCCUGACAACUUUUGGCUUCUUCGACCUCGACGCCAUUUUCUCGGCGGCAUUCAUCAUGAUCCUGACGCUCAUCGUCGACUCGACGUGCGACGAGGGGCAGAGACUGGCGCCGAGGCCCGGUCUGUCCGAAGCCCUGGAGAUACUCGACUUCCUCGCGAGGCGAGGCAACGAUUUCGCUCUGCAGCGGGCGCGGGAGGUGCGUCGGAUGCGGGACCACCUGUCGACCUUUUUGGACAUUCCCAAGAACAGCCCCAGCGAGUUCCGCGCGAACCGGCCGGGCACGUCAGGCGUCACAGAAGGUCAGCCGGCGGCGAGGACUGUGGCCGCCUCGACACCGGGAUACGACGGCGAAGAGGCGCGGAUGCGGCAGCGAGGGUUUCCCGAAUCGACGACCGGGAUGUCCGCCGAGCGAGGCGGGCCGACGCCGCCGGGGCGGGCCAGCCAGCUGGGGUCCAGGAGCCUCCUCGAUUCGAGCCUGUGGAACGACAUUUCGUACCUGUGGAUGCAGCAGCCGGGGGCGGAGGGGGAGGGGUCCCAAGCGUUUGAGGCGACGACGGAGGGGAUGGCGGAUGUGCUGCCCGAGGACGCCUAUGACUGGAACUCGAUCUUCCACAGUCAGGACCUGACUCUUACGGGCCAGGACCUGGGCGACUUUGGGGAGCUGGAGAGACACCUACUGGGGUUCGGCGGGUGAGGGAAAGGGAAGUGGUGGGUGAGGAGAGGGGGUGGAGGGGGGGGGAGGCAGCGGUCUUCAAAGAGAGAUGCAUGAUGCUGUUUGAGUUGGAGUUGUGGUUUUUUUCUAUGGCACUGAGGAGACUCUGUUUGAAGUACGAUGUGGUUUCUAGGGUGAGCCGGCGUUGGUUUCUUGACGGCAAAGAAAGGUGGCCAAGCAACGUAAAUCGACAAAGCCAAGAGUCUGCAGCAGACCUGUGGUGUAAGCAGUUGUUUCAGCUGAUCCGUACAUGAUGGGACCAUGGAAGCCUAUGAAGAGAAAGAUGAAGGGAUUAGUUGCUCCAUGCAGCACUCACUGGCUUUGUGCAACUGGCAAGGUAUUGAUUGAUUCGGUUGUCGGCAUGAUGCUGUGCUGAUCCCAAUUUCAAUAGAGCAAAAACCAAGGUAACUUGCUCUUAAGUACAAAAAGAGGCAGUAGUCACUGUCCUUCAGCAGAGAUGCUUCUAAUA